CUUUCGAUUCGACCAAGGCAAAGAGAUGUACGUCGCCCAACGGGUCGCUUGGCGGGGGGACCGUUUGACUGAUAUAUUCGCAAACCAGGGUUCCCCAUUUCUCUGCUCCUCGUCGGCAUGAUCUACACUGGCACCAAGGCCCUUCAGUUCUUGUCCGUUCCGGUCUACACUAUCUUCAAGAACUUGACCAUUAUCGUUAUCGCCUACGGAGAGGUGCUCUGGUUUGGCGGCAGCGUCACCCCGCUGACCCUGCUGUCCUUUGGGUUGAUAGUCCUCAGCUCCGUCGUUGCCGCUUGGGCUGAUAUCCAGGCCGCCAUUGACGGUGUUGGCCACUCGCUCGAGACCUCGGCCGCGCUCUCGACUCUGAACGCCGGUUAUGCGUGGAUGGGCUUGAACGUCGUUUGCACUUCGACCUACCUGCUUGGGAUGCGCAAGGUCAUCAAGAAGAUGAACUUCAAGGACUACGACACCAUGUUCUACAACAACCUCCUGAGCAUCCCCAUUCUCGUCGUUUGCUCGCUCUUGGUUGAGGACUGGUCCGGCGAGAACCUGGCCAGGAACUUCCCCGAGGAGUCACGCAACAAGCUCGUGAUCGGCAUGAUCUACUCCGGUCUGGCGGCCAUAUUUAUCUCGUAUAGCCAGGCCUGGUGCAUCCGCGUCACCUCCUCGACGACGUACUCGAUGGUCGGCGCUCUGAACAAGCUUCCCAUCGCCGUCAGCGGCUUGAUAUUCUUCGAUGCGCCCAUCACUUUCGGCAGUGUCUCGGCCAUCUUGCUCGGCUUCAUCAGCGGUCUCGUCUUCGCCUGGGCCAAGGUGCGGCAAAAGGCCCAGGCGGCCAACGUCCUGCCCACGACCAACAAGCCUAUGAUGAGCGCCAGCGCGCAGAGCAACAGGGACGCGGCCAACUCUUGAAGCACGAGGCAUCGGUCCACUGUGCUAACUCGAGCUUCUUACAGCGCACCCGCCGCGCCCGAGCCCAAGGCCUGACGGUGUUUUGCGCCGGCUCCUACCCGAUAGCUGCGCUGGUAGAGCCGGGCAAGACGAGCGGAGCGGAUGCCUCGAUCGGUGACAUCCGUUGCUCCUUAUUUUUUUCUUUUUUCUUUUUUUUUUUUUUUUUUUGUUGA